AUGGCACGCGCGGCCGUCCUCCCACCGUCCCCCGUCAAACGGGGCGCUCGGGCAGCGCCUCGAACGGCAUUGAACAAAACGGCCAAAGCAAAACCUACCGAGGUCAGGAAACGGCCCCCCGUCACGGCAGCCUAUGACUCGGACGACACAGACGACGAACUGGGAAUGAUGAUGAAGGAGCCAGAGCAGGUCGCUCGCCCGCGAGGUAGACCUGCUGGAGGUUCAGCGACCAGAGCCACUGCCGCAUCUCGAGGAAGGAACGUGACACCGGCCUCUGCUCCCGAGGAACCCAAUGACCAAGCGACUAGCAAGGCCGAACCCAAGAAACGAGUUGGAAGACCGAGAAAGACCCAAGCCGCAGAGCCCGCCGCCAAGGUUGAGACAGCUCCCAAGACCCGCGGACGACCAAAGGCGAGCACAACGAAGACUGCUACGGCGACGCGUAAGACAACCCGAGCAGUGGCUGAGGCGGAGGCGCCUGUCGAAGCUGCAGGCCCCAAGAACAUUUUCAUUUCGACCAAUUCAACAAACAUGCGUUCGAACUUAUUACGUGGCCCUGCGAAGAAGAAGACCGUCACUUUUGAAGAUGUAUCAGGGUCCGAAUCGGAGGACUUUGAGGAGCCCGCAGCGCCUACCGUUGGACGCAAGAAGGCUCCUGCAAAGGGGGCUGCUGGCAAGGCUGGCCUUAAGGCUACACCAGUUCGUAAAAAUGCCACAGGAACCACCCGUGGGCGCAAGCCUGCGGCAGCUAAGAAGAAUGCAACAAAACCUCUUUCACCCAAGAAGGAUACACAGGUGGCCAAGUCAACCAAGUCACUUUCAGCUUAUGCUAGCUCUGAUGGUGAAGAUGAUGAAUUGAGCGCCGUCAAGAACGAUCUCAAUAGCCCGGUCAAGCUCAUUAUUCAUUCCCCUAUGAAGCAUGCUGCUGAAUCUGCCGGCCUAAGCUCCCCUGUGCGCAAAAUAAAUUUCACCCCCAAGAAAGCUUCGAGCCUGAUUGACGAGAAUGGCGAACCGAAGCUCCCAACACCAAAACACGGACCAACAAACACUGGUUUAAGCUCACCAGUCCGGAGAAUCAAUUUCACUCCCAACCGCAGCCAACAGACCUUCACUGACAAUGACCACUUGGCGCUCCCACCCGGAAAGGCCGUUGACUUCAGCGACUCGGUGUUCAUGUCCAGCCCUGCUAGACGACCAGAGCAAUCAUCACCAUUCAGAUUCUCAUUCAGAGACUCGACAAACCGUGGUGCUCUCUUUCGAGAUGACUCGAACGCUACGCCAGCCUUUGACCUUUCACAUGGGCCAGCUUCACCAUUGAAGAUGUCCCCCAGAAAGGGCCACUUGGGCGCCUCGUUUUCUCAAUCGCCAGCUAAGACUACGACUCCAUCAUUCCAAGCUCGCUCUUCCUUCAUACAAAGUCCAGCUAAGAGAAUUCCUUCUCCCUUCAAAGGGUCUAUCUUUUCUGCCAAAUCUUCCGUGCACGAGUCAGCCACGCCAUCUGGCGACAAUGCCCUCAAUGCAUCUCUCUUUGAGUCCAUCAACAAGCGCCUGUCCUCCCACCAAGAGGAAGAGGAGCCGGCCGUGGACGAGGAUCUGGAGAUGGUGGAGGAAGUUGCUCGUGAUAUCUUUGGUAUUGAAUUGCAGUCUUCAAGCAGAACUCCCACUCAGUCCCCCUCACCACCACAAGUUCUAGAGACUGAGGAAUUACCCGAAGCCCCUGCAUUUGAAGACACUGUUGCUGAGACUGCUGUGAUGAAUCAAGCGGAAGAGACGGACAUUGACGAGAAGAUCGAACAGCUUGAAGAGGAAAUUGGACGCGAGCCAUAUGAAUUUGGAACGUUCUGUUUCAACACCAUGGAAGAUCUACAGGAACCGUUCAAAAACCUUCCUACAGAGGACGUUGCUGAGUCUAAUGUGUAUUUCAACGAUGUCGAUUCUGUCGACCAAGUGGACGAGAGUGACGGAGAAGACGAAUUGGAGACCGAUUUUGUGAUGCAAUCUACCGAGCCCGCCGAUGAGCCCUCCCUUUCUUCGCCAGCGCAUGAAGUUGAGCACUCUGUGCGUGCUAGCCCUUCCGAGUCACCUCUCGAUUUGGCCGUCUUUGAGGAAUCUGCCCUCGGAGAGCCCGAAUCACCAACGCCUGUUCGAGUUAUUCACAAGGUUGAGAAAAUCGAAGAACACGAACAAGAUGAACGAGAACAAAGUGAAGAAGAUAAAGAUGAGCAAUAUAAUCGUGAUGAAGUUACUCGCGUUGUUCACAACUCAUAUGAUGAACAAGAGCUCAAGAGCGAGGAAAUUGAGCAAGAUGAUUGUGAUGAAGUUGCGAGCGUUAUUCACUACCCAAAUGAUGAGCAAGAGCCCGAGAGCGAAGAGGAUGAGUUGGUUGACGAUGAGCAGAUUCUUGUCCCAUCUGAAGCUCCUGUUGCGGCGUUGCCCCAACCUCAAUCACCGUACGAAAUGCAGGACCGUGAAGAAAGUCCGCUUUCAAGAAUGGGAUCUGUCACUCCACGCGGACCAACUCCCUUAGCGGAUGAGGCUACCCCCCUGUCCCUGCCGGGAAGUGCCAAGUCUCACAAUCAGCUUUUCAAUAUCAACAACACCGAUGAGCGUAUGGAUGUAAUGAACAGCCCUGAGGAAACAACCCAACUCGACAUUCCUACUCCCGCUCCACCAAGCCUCUCUGGCACUCCGACUGUUAAAAGCCGGCGAAGUUCUGGAUUCAAUGUCAAACUGGGAUUCACCCCAUUGGCAAGCAAGCUCGGCCGCUGGGAAACCAACACUCCAUCCCAGGAAAAACCAGCACGUCCCCGUCGACGAGGCGUUUUUUCUCUUGUUGGCCCGCUGGAGCGAUCUGCUGAGACCCACAUUCCGGACGAAGGCGAUGUUUCUUACCCUGAUCUCUCGCGUCCCUCUCUUGCAAACACACCGCGUCUCUUCUCGGAACUGCCUCUCCAAGACUGGAAUGAUGAUACUUGCUUAACAUCUAGGCAUAAGUCGCCUGCAAAGCUCUCUUCAGCGCACGAGGACUAUGAUUUGAUUGAUUCGCCCAGCGGAAGCGACAUUUUUGAAGACCUUGAGCCCGUCAUCCCUGAACACCUUCGACCUCGCGAGAGCCUGCCCCACGAGCCAACUGAAGAUCAAGAACAAGACGAAUCGGAUGAGGACAAAGAAAACUCUCCCGCCCCUUGCCCCUUGCCAGCCACCCCGAUGAAAGUGGCACCAGCGCACCAGCGCACCUUCCACACGGUGUCAAAGGUGCCUUUGAAAGCCGAGGGAGAAGUUUCUCCUUUGAAGAUACCUCGUAAGCGUGGUCAUUCACUAUCACACACCUCGCCCACCCGCUCAUCACCACGGAUUCGCAAUUCUAUCUUCCCCUCUCGCACCGACAGCGUUCCUACCUUUUCUCCCAGAAAGGAGGUACAGGUUCCCCGGAGCCCCAGUCCGAAACGUCGUUGUAGCGAAUCUCGACGAUCUAGCUCAAGAAUUUCAUCUAUGGCGCCGGUCAGAAGUCCCUCUGUCGCGAGCAGCCCCGGCAAGUCUCCUCGCCGCAAGGCCAGCCCCAAAAAGUUAGCUCUUCGCGGUGCAGUGGUGUACGUCGAUGUUCACACUACCGAAGGUGAAGAUGCCUCAGGGAUCUUCAUUGAGCUUUUGCAACAGAUGGGAGCCCGUUGCUUCAAGUCAUGGUCUUGGAACCCCAGAGCUAGCAUGUCCCCUGUUGAUGGAGUAGACCCGGUCGCCAAGGUCGGUAUCACUCACGUCGUCUACAAGGACGGCGGUCUGCGGACAUUGGAGAAAGUCAAGCAAGCUGCCGGCCUCGUCAAAUGCGUGGGCGUUGGCUGGGUUCUCGACUGCGAGAGAGAAGGCAAAUGGGUCGACGAGACCCCCUACGCGAUCGACCGCUCUAUCAUUCCACGAGGUGGCGCCAAACGCCGCAAAAGCAUGGAGCCCCGUGCCUUGAGUAACAUCAACGGCACCCUCGUGCGUGUCGCCGAGCCUUCCACUUCCUCUGCCAGCGGUCGUCGCUGCGGCGCUGAUCAGGGCGCAAUCGAAGGAUUCCGCAAGAUCACACCCCCAACUCCUGUUGUUGAACCAUCAACUCCGACUCAGCAGUCUUCUUCUUAUCGCUCCCAAGUCCCGCAGACACCGGGCUACAACUUUUCCAACCUGGAUGCCAUUGGCAUGUCCCCAGCCACCCCUUACUUCCUCUCAAACCGCGCACAGUUGGUCCAGCAGUCGUGCCCGCCCAAGCAGAGUGGUCGUGGCUUGUUCCCAGAGAGCAAGCCGGCGCUGAGCUUCGAGGAAGAAGAUGACCAAGGCUCUAGACGUCAGCAACGCGCUCGCAUGGAGGCCGCGCGGCGCAAGAGUCAUUUCUUCAAGCCUGCUGUUGCAAGCCCGCUUGCACGAUGA